AUGGAGUCUAAACUAAUAGUGAGCUCUAUCCAAAAUAUUCUUCUCUUGUCCAUUACUGUCAAUCUCCUCUUUCAAUUUUCAUCAAGUGAAGCCAAAGAAAAUGAGAUCGAGGAAAGCAAAUUUUCACUAGUAUCCGAAAUCCAUAUCAUUAGCGAAGUGAAUACAUUGAAGGUAAGAUGUAAGUCAAAAGAUGACGACUUGGGUAAUCGCACAUUAACUCAGGGAAAUGAAUUUAUGUGGAAAUUCAAGGAAAAUGCUUAUGGAACCACACUCUUUUUCUGUCAUUUUUAUUGGAAUGCAAAAGAGGCAAGAUUUAAUGUGUUUGAUGGUGCUGUUAAGGAUAACUGUUCAAUGAGAAAGUUCUUGCCUAACUAUCACUGUUUUUGGAAGGUGACUGACAAUGCUUUCUAUAUCAGUAAAAACAACAUGAAGUAUACUCUAUUAUAUACUUGGUGA